AUGGCUGUAGUUGUUUCGCCUACAAAUAACUUUCUGACGUUCUCUCCGAACACUUACGAAUGGCCAUCGUUAAUUGAACAGUACAGCGAGCCGAGGUCACUAGAUGCGAUACCAGUGCGAGUUGUGAUAUGUGAACAUACUCACUGCCAGUGCAAUGAAGCUGUACUGGCGUUGCAGACUUACGUUGAAUCGCAUAAUUCGUAUUCAGAAAAUGCCAGAGAUGACACACACAAUGUAGACAUCGACGCGGAUGUUACAAACACAGGCAUCCUUGUUUAUGAGACAGGUAGUGGCAGCAACACUUCGGACCACCCUUCUCUGUAUGUGGAAGUCCUUAAUGAUGUUCCUAAUGAACCACUGGUACCUGACUCGUCUGAAAGACUUGCUUCACCAGAAUGCUCUAAUGCCAUACCCCAAUGUCUUGAGGAUGCCUCUGUGUUACAAAGUGCGAGCGAUCCAGAGAUGAGUGACUACACACCAGAAUCUGAGACUGUUGGAAUUCGUCAUGGCAAAAAGAAGAAAAGGCUGAAAAAAGCCAGGCGAAAGUCUUUCAAAAAAUGGAAACCUUAUCGCAUUGACGAGCUCGGAUUCAAUAUUUCGCUGACAACUUAUAGUGAAGACGAAGCCGCCAACAUUGAAGGUGACAACACGGAUGAUGUCGAUACAGUGAAUGUAGAGCCAGUUGGAAAUAUGACCGGCGACAACGACGUUUGUGAAGAUGACAUGACGCAGACAGAACCAGUGGGAAACACCAGCGUUAAUAGUGACUCUUGUAAAUCCAAGUUAACACAAGUCGAGCUGGUUGAAGACAUAAGCAACAGCACUGACCAGGAUGACAUUAAUUUCUUUCUGGAUUUGGGUAUUGACGUUGUAAAUGACGACAAUCAGGAUGAUAUCCAGAACUGGGACGGUGUGUUUAUAUCGGCACCAUCAGAAUAUUCUUCUUGUCGGGUGAUUGAUAACAAAAAGUCCUCUCGUUCAAACAACAAGCGCACAAAAGGAGCAACAGACCGCCAAACUGACACAUCAAGGAGAGCAGCGCCAAAAGCUAACAGACAAUGCCAGACUGAACCCGUGCAAAUAUUUCCAGUACCAUCCUUUGAAUUUUCAAAAAUAAAGAAAAGUGACAAGUAUAAAUUAUUUGAGCUUGAGUGUGCAUCAAAUAAAAGAAUUUACAUUCGCCGGGAUAGGCAUCGUAAAAAAGAAAAAGUACACAAAGCAGUGAAGUCAAAGAACUGUCGUUCUAUUUUAAACAACAUUGGGCGCAAAAGAAUGUAUAUGCACCACAGACUUAUAAAAAUGCACAGUUUGGACCUGGAUUUUCGAACAUCUGUUAAAUCAUGCCGAAUUCCUGCAAUGCCCAAAACCACCGUUGCAGCUGAUGUAGCUAAAGUGGUGUUUCGUGCUGAUCGGAAAACUCCAGCCACAGAUCAUUUAGUGCCGCCAGUUCAGAACCUGAACCAUGCGUUGCAUGAGACAAACGUUGCCGGUAUUGAAGGUGAUCUGGCCAAUUUCUUGAUUACCUUACAACACAGAGAUCUUACACCUGAGGACUACGACAUGCUUCUACGACUCGACGACUCGGUCAAACCAAAGACUCUUUCUGGAAACGUGUUACAAAAAUUACGAACUGAAAAGAUAGGACCAAAUGGCCCUGAGCAGGGAGCUAGUGACUGGGAACCGCUGUGUACUAUCUGUAUGGAGCCGUACAUUACCGGGCAAGAGAGGAAGUUUUUGCCUUGUGAUCACGACUUCCAUUCUGAGUGCAUUGACAAAUGGUUGAAGAAUUCUAGUAUGAACUGCCCGCUUGAUGGAUUACCAGUAGAAGCUUCCUAG